GUUGCGUUGGAACUGCUGCCAGGGAGACGGAGCACGAGCUGACAGGCAGGGCGCGCGCUCCGUGUUUACAGCAGCUACGCGAACGUUUACCGGCAUUUAUCGAGAUCCUUCCCAGCCCGGCGGCUCCUUUCAGCCAAGAUAGACGCGCUGGAACAGCCGAGAAUGCCGAACAUCAAGAUAUUCAGCGGUAGUUCUCAUCCUGAUUUAUCGCAGAAGAUCGCUGACCGCCUGGGACAGGAGCUCGGCAAAGUGGUCACCAAGAAAUUCAGCAACCAAGAAACAUGUGUGGAGAUCGGCGAGAGUGUGCGCGGAGAGGACGUGUACAUCGUUCAGAGCGGCUGUGGUGAGAUAAACGAUAACCUGAUGGAGUUAUUGAUUAUGAUCAAUGCGUGUAAGAUCGCGUCAGCGUCCAGAGUGACCGCGGUCAUCCCCUGCUUUCCCUACGCCAGACAAGACAAGAAGGAUAAGGUGGGGAGCCGAGCUCCAAUCUCCGCUAAGCUGGUAGCGAACAUGCUGUCUGUCGCUGGAGCCGAUCACAUCAUCACUAUGGAUCUGCACGCCUCUCAAAUACAGGGCUUUUUCGAUAUCCCAGUGGACAAUCUGUACGCUGAGCCUGCCGUCCUGAAGUGGAUCAAGGAGAACAUUAACGAGUGGAAGAACUGCACCAUCGUCUCUCCUGACGCAGGCGGAGCCAAGAGGUGUGGAGGGGUGACGUCCAUAGCGGAUCAUCUGAACGUGGACUUUGCUCUGAUCCACAAAGAGAGGAAGAAGGCCAAUGAAGUUGACCGCAUGGUUUUGGUCGGAGAUGUUAAAGACAGGGUGGCCAUCCUGGUGGACGACAUGGCGGAUACAUGUGGCACGAUCUGCCACGCGGCGGACAAGUUGGUCUCUGCUGGAGCGACUAAAGUCUACGCUAUUCUGACUCACGGCAUCUUCUCUGGACCUGCGAUCUCUCGCAUAAACAACGCCAACUUUGAGGCUGUGGUGGUCACUAACACUAUUCCACAGGAGGACAAGAUCAAACAUUGCAGCAAGAUACAGGUGAUUGACAUCUCCAUGAUCCUGGCAGAGGCAAUCAGACGAACCCACAACGGAGAGUCGGUGUCCUACCUGUUCAGCCAUGUACCCUUAUAACACACACGCUCUCGUACAUUUUCUGUUCGCUGUUUGUGAGCGAAUAUAAAAAAUAUCCAAAUAUGAGCUCAU